CGCGCUCGGGGCGGGCGGGCCCGCGGUGCUGAGCCGCCGCCGCCGCCGCCGCCGCCCCCGACCCGGGGCGCGGCCAUGGAGGUGGUGGGCGACUUCGAGUACAGCAAGCGGGACCUCGUGGGACACGGGGCCUUCGCCGUGGUCUUCCGGGGGCGGCACCGCCAGAAAACGGAUUGGGAGGUAGCUAUUAAAAGUAUUAAUAAAAAGAAUUUGUCAAAAUCGCAACUACUGCUGGGGAAGGAAAUUAAAAUCUUGAAGGAACUUCAGCAUGAAAAUAUUGUAGCGCUCUAUGAUGUUCAGGAAUUACCCAACUCCGUCUUUCUGGUGAUGGAGUAUUGCAAUGGUGGAGACCUGGCAGAUUAUUUGCAAGCCAAGGGCACGCUGCGCGAAGACACCAUCCGCGUGUUCCUGCUGCAGAUCGCGGCCGCCAUGCGGGUCCUGCACAGCAAGGGCAUCAUCCACAGGGACCUCAAGCCGCAGAACAUCCUGCUGUCCCACGCCGGCCGCAGGAAGGCCAGCGUCAGCGGCAUCCGCGUCAAGAUUGCGGAUUUCGGGUUUGCUCGUUACCUGCACAGUAACAUGAUGGCUGCCACGCUGUGCGGCUCUCCGAUGUACAUGGCUCCCGAGGUUAUCAUGUCGCAGCACUACGACGCCAAGGCCGACCUGUGGAGCAUCGGGACCGUGAUCUACCAGUGCCUCGUCGGAAAGCCUCCUUUUCAGGCCAAUAGUCCUCAAGACUUGAGGAUAUUUUAUGAAAAAAAUAGGAACUUAAUGCCUAGCAUCCCCAGAGAAACAUCGCCCUAUUUGGCUCAUCUCCUUUUGGGUUUGCUUCAGAGAAACCAAAAAGAUAGAAUGGACUUUGAGGCGUUUUUUAGCCACCCUUUUCUUGAUCAAGUUCCCGUGAAAAAAUCCUGCCCCGUGCCCGUGCCUGUGCCCGUGCCUGCCGGUGCCAUCCCGGGAAGCUCCUGCGGCAGCUCUCCAUCUUGUCGUUUUGUCUCUCCACCAUCCCUUGCAGACGCGCAGCACAUUCAGGAGAGCGCCUCGUCCCCACCGCCGGGCGCCGCCGGCUUUCUGCACCUGUCCCGAGACUCUGCCAGCUCCAGCAGCAAGAACUCCUCCUGCGACACGGACGACUUUGUGCUGGUUCCGCACAGCGUCUCGUCCGAGCACCCGCAUGACAUGCCAGUGGGAAUUGCUGGCAGGCGCGCCUCUAAUGAGUUCUUGGUCUGUGGAGGCGGUGUCUGCAGGCCGUGCCAGCCCACGGCGCCCCCGCCCAGCGAAGCGGCACCCGUCCCAGUCCCCACCCAGCUAAGGAACUACCAGCGCAUAGAGCAGAACCUCACGUCCGCCGCCAGCCCCGGCGCAAGUCUGCACGGCUCGCCCAGGUCCGCGGUGGUUCGAAGGUCCAACACCAGCCCGAUGGGCUUCCCCCGGCCGGGCUCCUGCUCCCCGGCGCCGGCGGACGCCGCGCAGACAGUCGGACGGCGGCUCUCCACGGGGUCUUGCCGGCCGUACUCGCCGUCCCCGCUGGUGGGCGCCGUGCCUGAGCCGCCGAGUCAGUGCUGCUGCGGCCACCCUCAGGGCCCCGAGACCAGGAGCCGGAGCGCCUCAGGUUCUCCGGUGCCGCCGGCUCCGGCUCCGCAGUCCCUCCCGCUGGGCGCCAGGCUGCAGAGUGCCCCCACCCUCACCGACAUCUACCAGAACAAGCAGAAGCUCCGAAAGCAGCACUCGGACCCCGUGUGCCCGCCGCACGCCGGCGCCACAUACAGCUGCUCGCCGCAGCCCGGCCGGCCUGGCAGCCUCGGGACCUCGCCCACCAAGCAUGCGAGCUGCUCUCCGCGGAGUUCUGACUGGUUCUGCAAAACUCCUUUACCCACAAUCAUUGGCUCUCCUACCAAGACCACAGCUCCUUUCAAAAUCCCUAAAACGCAAGCGUCUUCCAACCUGCUGGCCUUGGUCACACGUCCCGGGCCGUCGGAGGGGCCGUCCAGAGACGGGAAUGACCCACAGGCGGGCGCCCCCGGUCUCUCGGGACAAGGAGGCGAGAGGCGGAAGGCCGCCGAGCAGCCCAUCAAGGCGGUGUUUGGCAGAUCUGUCAGUGCCGGGAAGUUAUCAGAUCCGCACGUCAGAGCACCUCUGGGUGGACACCAGGGCGGCGCGUACAGUUUAAGUGCAGAGCGGCCAAUGGAUGUGGCCCCUGCGGGCGCCUGUGGCAGUGCCCUGGCGCCGCCGGUGGGACUGGCAGCGGGUCCCAGGGCGGCGCUGUUCACGGUCGGGUCCCCUCCGCACGGCGCCGCCGCCCCCGCCUGCGGGCACGUGGCCCUUCGCGCAGGACCGGCCUCAGGAGGUGCCAGCAGCGCCGGAGGCUCCCUGUGCUCCGCCAGCGGCCGUGUGUGCGUGGGCUCCCCGCCUGGGCUGUGCUUGGGGUCUUCCCCCCCGGGAGCAGAGGCCGCUCCCAGCCUGAGACACGUGCCUUAUGGUGCUUCUCCCCCCAGCCUGGAGGGGCUCAUCACCUUUGAAGCCCCUGAACUGCCCGAGGAGACGCUGAUGGAGCGGGAGCACACGGACACCCUGCGCCACCUGAACGCGAUGCUGCUGUUCGCGGAGUGCGUGCUGGACCUGACGGCCGGGCGCGGGGCCAGCCCCGAGCUCUGCGCGUCCGCCGUCUCCCUGUACCAGAUCCAGGAGAGCGCGGUGGUGGACCAGAUCGGCCAGCUGAGCAGGGACUGGGGGCGGGUGGAGCAGCUGGUGCUGUACAUGAAGGCCGCGCAGCUGCUGGCGGCGUCUCUGCAUCUCGCCAAGGAGCAGAUCAAGUCCGGGAAGCUGAGCCCGUCCACGGGCGUCAAACAAGUUGUCAAAAAUCUGAAUGAACGAUAUAAAUUCUGCAUCACCAUGUGCAAGAAACUUACAGAGAAGCUGCAUCGCUUUUUCUCUGACAAGCAGAGGUUUAUCGAUGAAAUCAACAGCGUGACCGCAGAGAAACUCAUCUAUAAUUGUGCUGUGGAGAUGCGGCGUUGCCCGGGUGGAUCCGUGGUCUCUUGGGAGAGCUGCGAGCCGUCUUGUCUUGUUGCCUGGCUGCAGGUCCAGGCUGCAGCCCUGGACGAGAUGUUUCAGCAGACAGAGGACAUCGUGUGUCGCUAUCACAAGGCGGCGCUGCUCCUGGAGGGCCUGGCCAAGAUUCUGCAGGACCCGGCGGACGUCGAGAACGUGCACAAAUAUAAAUCCAGCAUCGAGAGAAGACUCUCUGCCCUCUGUUGUAGCAGCUCAACCACAUGCAGAGGUGAGAUGACCCCACGGGGCUCUCAGUGCGAACUUGGCAAAUAAAGGUUCCGCAGCGCUGGCUCAGCAGCGCAGGUAUUUUCCAGGAGAGCUCGGGAGGACGCCCGCCGCCGGUGGCUCUGCCCAUCCGCCAGAGCAGAGUGCCAAUCGCCCGUGUGCGCGGUGGCGGCAGCGGGGACUCGAAAAGCCACGUCCUGCAGGCAGCCUGACCCUUGGGGUGAGUGUGAGCCAGAGCUCACGUCCAGGGCAGCCCAGGAAGAGGGAGCCUGAGCAGGGAGGACUGCGAGUGUCUCUCGGAAGCCAUUGCGCGAUCUUGGAGUUGAUCCAACACGGACACACACUCGUCUUCUAAAAUCGGUCUCGUUGCACUAAUUCACUGUAACAACUGUGUAUUGGAUUUUGCGGUGGAAAACUAACCGAGGCACAACGGACUCGUUUAAACUAUUUUACUGGAUGACACACACGUACCCGUUCCAGAACUCCCGCGCGACCUCUCGUGACUGCGGGUGGUCAAGACGCGUGUCCUGUGCCCCUUCGCGGUCUCUAACCCAGCCGUCCGCACGCAGAGGGUUUCUCAGUGCUGGGCCUCCGGGGCCGCGUGUCUGCUUUGGCGGGCACGUUCGGUCAGGCCUGCAGCCGGGCCUCGCCUGUGCCCCUCGGGCUGGGUGGCGGGGCCGGGUUGCCUCGGGCAGUGUGAGACCAGGCGUGCGUGCGUCCGUCUGUCUGUCCGUCCGUCCGUCCGAGGCGCGGUGCGCAAGGAACUGUAGUCCAGCCAGAGCAAAGGCGGUGAUCUGGAGGCUUGUGAGUCGUGUGGCGUUAGUGUGCAGUGAGUGAGUUUCCUCGUAGGAAGACGGGCGGCUGCCUCCAGCCCGUGUGUCCCGGCGUGUUGAUCCAGACGGGCCAGCGAAUAGCCCGGCAAGGAGCAGCGGGCGCUCCGCGUCCCUGCGGAGGUGGUUCCUCCCUUGUCGAUGGCUGGGUUUCCUUUACUAACCUGCUUGAAUACUUGAAUAAGCCAUUCUCCAGUCUUAAUCCUUUGGGGUUAUAUAAUCUGAACUCUGAGAACCUGCACAGAAGCCCUUUGGCGUUAAUCUAACCCAGUGUCCCGAUAAAAACAUGGGUUCCCUUUACUUUGACAAAGUAAUGUAAUUUUUACCUUAUUUAUCUGUAUGGAAUCUCCGCAUUUAAUUUGAACAUUUAUUUAUAUGAUGUUUGUAUUUCUAGGUCUCUAAUACAGUGUCUCUACCUCUCAUUUGUAACUGCAUGCAUUGUUCCUGAAGCUAGGUAAACUCACUGCAGUGGUGUGUCAUAGCCUUUUUCUUGUUGCCUGCACAGGUGGAUCUUGGGUAAAUAAGACUGACCAGGCGUUUCUAGGGUAAAGCUGGGUGCCCUGGGCCUCGUCAGGCCACGUCCGCACUCAGCGAGUGAGUGCCCUCUGCCCCAGGAUUUCAGGCGUGGGGACUGUCCUGCGGGCAGCCGGGGCACCGGCUGGUGGCAAGGGCUCGGCCCUCCCUGCAGGCGUGCUCUGCCUGGUCCUUGUGUGCUGUGUUUUGGGUGAUUUUUCCGCGGGUAGAGGGCAGGCUUUGCUCCCCAGUCCCUGCCCAUGUCACCUGCGUCGGUCCUCCUCGCCUUCCUGUCUGCUCUUUAAACACAGGAUGUCACAGGCGCCCGGUGAGGAGGCGCUCGGCCUGACGUCAGCCCCCAGGGCCGAGGUCGGGCCCGGCUCUGAGCUCCAGGUGCAUCUGCUGCUCGUUCGAGGAAGGCCCAGGGUAGGUGGCGUGUGAAACCCGAAGUCUGAACAGCAGAGAAGAACAGACUGUGGGUUCAUGAGCAAUGGCUCUGAUUCUCCUUCCGUUGUCAAGGCCGGUUGUUUUAAGAGAUGUUGCCUUGAUUAUAGCAAUAAUAAACAAAUGCUUUAUGUUUCCACGA